GCGCCUGGUCCUUGGAGGACAGUUCGAAAAAACCGGACGCUGUAUUUAGGACUUAUCAUGUUUAGUAAAUAAGCCGAAACCCCUUUCCGGAAACGAUCAUUUCACAAAUGGUGCAAAUGAUGAGAUCAACAUUACACGUUUGGGUAGCGAAAUUGCUACGAAGCAAGUGUUACUCCUUCACGGUGAAUUGGUGAUCUUCCAAAGUGCUGAAAGUGCUCCAUAAAACAAUGAAUACAAAAAUAUUUCAAUCAAUCAUUGGAUUAAUUAUUUUGAUACACAAUAUUACCGGAGAUUAUUUAGGACUGCUCUCCAGUACAUUGCGCUCGUUUCGCACAUUUUGUUGUGAUGACGAGCUGUUGAAACUCGUCUGUCCCCUUGGAACUAGCAUUUCUGUUGAAUUGGUUCAAUAUGGCGUUAAAGAAGGCAACGAUACGGCACAGUGUCCUUACAGCGGACUCGAUGAUCUCUAUUAUGACCCAGAAUCUUCUCCAUCGUCAUCGUCUACGAGUAUGUUGGACAUCACCUUAGCACCAGGAAACGUGACGAUAACGUCAACGACUCCAAACUACAACGAAAUGGAUGUCGCCAUGAACGACAGCCAGACCAGGAUUUCUAUCGAGAGGACGAAAGGCAAGUGCACCCCGCUUUACGUACUGCAGUACUCGAUCCUGCAGACGAUUGUUGAAACGUGUCAGAAAAAGAGACGCUGUCGAUUACAUGCUGCGCCGAAAAUAUUCGAAACAAGUCCCUGUCCUGGCAUACAUCGGCUGGUGGAGGUCAAUCACAAAUGCCGCCCAUUCGAAUUCCGAAGCUUGACUUCGUGCGAGAAGGACAUCGUUCGGUUGACUUGCGGCCAGUACACGCGCAUAGCGAUCUAUAGCGCCACCUACGGGCGGACGGCUUACGAGAGUUCUCAUUGUGCACAGACAGCCUCUUCGCAAGAGCAGACAUGUCUCUCGGAGCACACGAGUCACACGCUGACGGAAAUUUGCCAAGGCCGGCGGAAGUGUACGGUGGCAGUUGAAAGGUCAACAUUUGGCAAUCCCUGCCCGGACAGCAUUCGGGUGUACUUAAAGGUGAUAUACGCCUGUGUUUCCAGAAACGUGUUCCGGGAGCGCUACAUUACGCCACUGGAGGAUGACGAACUGGACGAACGGCUUUUCGAGUCGAACGAGCAGUACGAUGAGCAGUUAACGCCGGUUCCGAAUCAAAUUGAGAGCUCAGCAGCCAUAGGUAACUCCGGCGCCAAAGGCAUCCACAACAAGUAUUUGGGCGAGUCGUCGAAGGCCGAAGAUAUAAUCACCUUCGUCAAAGACGAUGAGACUCAGCAGACGAUGGGCGGCCUAGACCACCGACAACUGCUUAUCGUGAGUGUUGCGGCGCUGUUCUGCUGUUGUAUCUGCAUGUCGUUUGGUGCGUUACUGGCAUAUAAAAUGAAACUGUUUCCUUCUCGAACUGGAAAUCGAUGCAACAAGGAAUCUGAUUCCUUUGACAGUCACUCCACCCCAUCCAGCUACCGUCCGACGAGCGAGGACUUUGACCUUGCAGACUGUGUGCCUAAAACGGUGGUUUCUUCCGAGAAGCUUGCGGAGCAACAAUUAGCACCGUCCAAAAGAAUCCAAGCCACAAGUUCAUCGUUCGGUAAUGCAUGCAUUGGAAGCACCAACAACAGCUCCUACAGUACCACGAUUCCCGCGUUCAGCUUUGGCGGAGUCCGACCAUCUCGUGAGGCGCAUUUGUCGCAUAUCUCGACCACAAUGUUCAUCUUGCCCAACUGUUUGAUGACCGAGGCUCCGACAGGCUCCCUGUACGACAGCCGCAGACCGUUGCGAUCGGCGCCAGGAGCUCUGGACGAACGGGAAAUGGCACAACCGAAUGAAAAUCUCACCUUAACGCUUACAACAACCGAAAUCACGGGCGAACCGGGAUCCUACAACCAUCUACAUCCUGAUCAUCAGCAGAAGCACAAAUCCGCGAAUUAUGCUGGUUCCUGCACACAGUGCGCGGUCGUCGAUUGGUCUCCUGCUCCACCCACCUCAGCUGCCGUGAUGUAUGCAGAACUGGAAAAUGCGUCUGAAGCACCGUUCACCAGUACAAGAACGUUGCACCUAUAUGAACGGCAUCAAUCAUUAAAAUCGUCUUCAACUGACUCUUCCGGACGACCUGAUUUGGUAAGGUGCGAGGAUCAUGGCACGAAGGACAUGACCGGCGAUGCGCAGGGUUCUGGAGUCACCCUAACAAAGUCGAAUUCUUUUUUAUGGCUGGGCUUGAAGAUCGGGCUGACGUAAAGCUGUAGGGUAAAGCUGUCGAGAUUGACCUGUUCGAUAAUUCAUCGGAUAGUCUUUUAAACAUUAUUGGUUUGAAGAGCUUGUCACAGAACCGGGGGGCAGGCGGUGUCUGACGGUUUACAUUCCAAGGACCCAUUUUCUUCGUUUAUUUCUACCUCACACUUGGUGGUCCCGGAAAUACCCUGAUUCAAUUUCCUAUCUAUGUUUUGCGAGCUGUCUCAUGUGUUCGUCAUUUGGAAUUUGAAGAAGACUUCCGCGACACAACCAACACCCUGCCCGACAGCUUUACCCGUGACAAUUUGUCGAAACGAAAUGUAUAUACACCAGUAUUGACAACCGAAAAGGGCGUAGCGGCUAAUAAAGCGAAUACAAUGAAAUCCUGUCGAGGACAUCGCAUUUAUAAAGCCUUCUGAAACCACCUUAUGAAAGGAUGUUUGGUGCUCUCUUGUAGAGGUUAAAUUAAAAUUCAGCAAACCGGUACAAAAUUCAAUUGAAACCGAAUUUGAUUGACAACCAUUUGGAUAAGGGGUCAGCUCUCGGCUGUCAAAACUUAUAUAAAAGAAGUCUCUCAUAUCAGUGUUGAAUUUGCUAUUCUAAUUUUCUGAGGUUCGUUUGUAAAAUGUGAGAGAUCAAUUUUAUCCUUUAGUUAGUAAAUCGUGGCGUAAAUUCUAACGAUGGUGGUAACCGAAUAGUACAGA